UGUGUUCGGUCACUUCCUGCGCGGCGCGGCGUGGCCAGGCGGCUGGGUGCCCGGAGGGUUCAGUCAGCAGCAAGAUGCGAAUCGAGAAAUGUUACUUCUGCUCCGGGCCCAUCUACCCGGGACACGGGCUCAUGUUCGUGCGGAAUGACUGCAAGGUCUUUAGGUUCUGCCGAUCAAAAUGCCACAAAAACUUUAAAAAGAAACGAAAUCCCAGAAAGGUCAGAUGGACCAAAGCCUUCCGGAAAGCAGCUGGUAAAGAACUAACAGUGGAUAAUUCAUUCGAGUUUGAAAAACGUAGAAAUGAGCCACUGAAAUACCAGAGAGAGCUAUGGAGCAAAACUGUUGAUGCAAUGAAGAGAGUGGAAGAGAUCAAACAAAAACGCCAAGCUAAAUUUAUCAUGAACAGACUAAAGAAGAGCAAAGAGCUGCAGAAGGCACAAGACAUCAAAGAAGUCAAGCAAAACAUACACCUUGUUAGGGCUCCACAUGCAGGCAAAGCAAAACGGCUGGAGGAGAAAAUGGUACAGAAACUGCAAGAGGAUGUAGCUAUGGAAGAAGAGUCCUGAAAACCUUGUCGUUUUUUUCCUUCUAUUUUUACCUCCUCAACUUACCAUUUUUUUUGAUUCUCUAGAGUUCUGACUUGUGCAUUACUGAUUCAUUUGAUAUUUGUUCAUUGAAAUGAAAGGUUAUUAAACACACCCUAGAUGCACUGUGUGUGUGUGU